CCGAGAGGGGAGGAUGGUCUCUCUCUCUCUCUACCUCCCUCCCUCUCCCUCUCUCUCUCUCCUCACCGUCUCUCCCUUAAUCCCAUUUGCCAUUGUACAUGCCCAAUCGCCUAUACUUUCCGCAUUUAACUUGGAUGACAUUUUUAUUUCAUCAUUAGCAUCAGACGCCAGACUGACUGACACGGUGGACACAGUUUGCGUUUUGACGAAAAGAGCCCGGGAUGAGACCAUCUCCAUGUUUGUGCAUUUUCCCCCUCCUACCUUUCCUACACUUUAUUUUAUGAUUUUUCGAGCCUAGGAGGACGUGCGUUUUGACGCGCUCUCCGGGUGUGAAAUCCACUUUCCGAAGAAUAAUAAAAGCAGGAACUCCUCGUAUAGACCAGGAUAUCGACAGUCUGUAAGUUGCUUUUCUUCCCUCCCUCAGUUUUUUUUUUUAAAAUUCCUACUUUCGUGGUCCCUCUGCGUUCAGACCACAAACCACAGCGAUGCCAGAGACAACGCAAGAGACGUGCGCUUCGGCCAAGGACUCUCCUUUCUUCAUUAAGAACCUGCUGAACUGUGAUAAACCGUCCAAGCCCAAACCCGUACUGGCUGCCACUAAGGCGGCCCUAGAGGGAGGAUUUUCUCUUUCCCAGGUCGGGGAUUUCAACUUUCCACGCUUCGACCUGCCCGCUCAGAGGUUCAGUCUACCGGCUCACUACUUGGAGCGCACGUCGGCGUGGUGGUACCCCUACACCCUGAGCUCAGCCGCACACCUACACAGAGCCGAAGUCACCGAGAAACCAGGAGCCAGAGACUCCUCUCCGACCUCGGGCACAGACAGAGACUCUCCGGACCUGGUCCUGAAAUCCGAACCAGACACCAAAGACGACGACGAGGAGGACGAGCACAACAACAACAAGAGCAGCGACGAGAUCAUCCUGGAGGAGAGCGACACGGAGGAAGUCAAAAAAGACGAGCUGGAGGAGUGGAAGAAGCGAGACGACGACAAGAAGCCGUGCCGCAAGAAGAAGACGCGCACGGUUUUCUCCCGGAGCCAGGUGUUCCAGCUGGAGUCCACCUUCGACAUGAAGCGCUACCUGAGCAGCUCGGAGCGGGCCGGCCUGGCCGCGUCGCUCCACCUAACGGAGACCCAGGUGAAGAUCUGGUUUCAGAACCGGAGGAACAAGUGGAAAAGGCAGCUGGCCGCGGAGCUGGAGGCCGCCAACCUGAGCCACGCCGCGGCGCAGAGGAUAGUCCGGGUGCCCAUCCUCUACCACGAGAACUCGGCCUCGGAGAGCGGAGGCGCCGCUGCCAACGUGCCCGUGAGCCAACCGCUGCUCACCUUCCCGCACCCCGGGGUCUACUACUCCCAUCCCAUCGUCACAUCAGUGCCGCUGCUCAGACCGGUUUGAAAAUGAGCCGAGCUUUGUGGCACGAGGUGGUGUCCGUUUCCUAAAUUAACUCAUCACAAAAAAGUCAAAAACAAACAAAAAAAAGUUACAAAAAAAGAAUAUUUUUAUACUUCUGAGUGAAUGAAGAAACAGAAAAAAUAAGAAGAGACUGUCACUGUCAGGCCUACAUGGACCUAUUUUUGGCAAAUGUAUUGUGUCAUUUUCCAUAAGGGUGCCGUUUACACGUGAUCCGACAAUUUAAAUCCCAUUAUUAAUUAUUAUUAUUAUUAUUGAGCAUCACCUCAGGAGUUCACCUGCUUACACUGCCUGAUGAGUGUCUUUUUCCUGUUUUUCUUUUUCUACUUUUUACAUCCUGCCUGUUGCUGGACAGGUCAACUCUGUGAUGUGCAAAAAAGAAAAGAAAGAAAGAAAAAAGAAAUUACUUUGUUUACAAAACCAGUCGGUAUAAAUGCGGCCUACUUUUCAUCCAGCACAUUAGAUUUAAUUUCCAUUUCCAGAAUUGAUAACAAAAUGAUGUGCAAUACACUGACGGUGUGCUGUGAAUGAAUGAAUCCACCAAAACAUACAUGUUUUGUCAUCUAUUCAUGCUGGAGGCUUUGCUGUAAUUUUCUAUUUUUAUUUUAUUUGAUUUUGUUGCUUUUUAAAGCGCUUGACGGGGGACAAUCAAGACACUCUGAGCUGUAAAAUACCCAUGUAGCUUUAUGUUUAGUUUUAGUAGUUCCUACUCUUGUUCCCCCUGACAUGGACACGUCUUUCAAGCACAAGUGUGAGGUCCAGCGUCUCCUGAGCUUUGUGGGUUUUUCUGAACUGGAGCGGCAAAAUAACGACUACACUGGUGUACAAAAUAUGUAAAUGUAUAUAUUUAAUGAGGCACGGGGAGAGGGGGGAUUCCUCAUAUGGCUUCUCCUUUGUACAGAAAAACAACAAUGUUUUGAUAUUGUAUUGCUGAACCAUGUUGUGAAAUAAAUGGAGAUUAUUCCUUAA